CUACGCCGAGCGCGCGGGGAGCGACGAUCGACAGACGCUGCUACGGACCUGCUACGCCAAGGAACUAAAAAAAAUGUGUUGGUAGUGUGUGGUGGUGGAUGUGGCAGCAGGCAUCGCCAUGCAGGGGCUCGCAGCCGCCAAGGAGAAGGCCUCCGGCAUGUUCGCCAACAGGCCCCUUCUGUUCAAAAACACACAAUAUGAGAACUUCCAUGUGGAACAGAAGGGAUAUACUAUGUACGAUGGCGAGGACCUGGAGACGCCGCCGUCGCCUGAUAGGCCUCCGCCACGGAAAAUAGAUCAAUACAUGCGAGCCGAAUGCCCGUGUCUAAGUGCCCGCUACACCGUGGCGCUGCUAGCAUGCUUCGGCUUCAGCAUCAUGUUUGGCAUGCGAUGCAACAUGAGCAUGGCCAAGCUCAAGAUGACGGAGAAGCACAACACCUCUGACGGAGUAAAAGAAGACACCCCGUUCAACUGGACAGUCUCCGUGGAGUCGUCGAUAGAUGCGUCAUAUUUCGCCGGCUACCUCAUCACGCAGGUUCCCGGCGGUUUCCUGGCCUCCAUGUACCCUGCUAACAAGAUCUUCGGCGUGGCCAUUGUGACGUCAGCGGUGUUCAACAUGGCUAUCCCUGGUGCCAUGUCCGUCGGCCCCGCUGCCGUCGUUAUGCUCAAGGUUGCUCAGGGGUUUGUUGAGGGCGUGACGUAUCCAUCGUGUCACGGUAUCUGGCGGAUGUGGGCACCUCCCCUCGAGCGGUCUCGGCUGGCAACCCUGGCGUUUUGCGGCACCUACGCGGGCAUCGUCAUCGGCAUGCCAUUGUCUGGCAUUCUCACCGACUACAUCUCAUGGGAAGCGCCAUUCUACUUCUAUGGUGUGUCUGGCGUUGUAUGGUAUCUCGCCUGGCUGUGGUUAGUGUUUGAGAGGCCCAGUAAGCAUCCUCACAUCACGGGCAAGGAGUUGACCUACAUAGAACAAUCAUUGGGGACUAACACACAAGCACCAAUGCCUGGCUUCUGCGCUACUCCUUGGAAGGAAUUCGCUACUUCACCUCCUGUUUACGCAAUCAUCGUGGCUAAUUUCUGUAGAACAUGGAAUUUCUGCUUGCUAGUUAUAUUCCAAUCUGCAUACUUUAACACGAGGUUCAAUAUGCAGAUUACAGAGUCCGGGUUCGUGGGCGCCAUACCACAUCUGAUUAUGACGUCACUAGUGCCUAUUGGUGGGAUGAUAGCCGAUUACCUUCGAAGGAACAACCUUAUGACGACAACGAAUGUGAGGAAGCUGUUCAACUGCGGAGGAUUUGGUCUUGAGGCGUUCUUCUUUGUCCUCGUCGCUUAUGCCAACAACAAGUAUGUGGCGACAAUAGAGUUGACCCUUGGCGUAGCCUGCAGUGGUUUCGCCAUAUCAGGGUACAAUGUAAACCAUCUGGACAUCGCUCCGCGGUACGCGUCCAUCCUGAUGGGGCUGUCUAACGGCAUUGGGACUAUUGCCGGGUUCAUUGUGCCGAUUGUGAUCGAUUACAUGACACAAGAGAAGGAUAAGCACGAUAAAGCCAUAACGGAGUGGCGCGCGGUAUUUCUGAUGGGUGCGACAGUGCACUUCAUAGGGAUCACCAUCUACGGAAUCUUCGCGUCCGGAGAGCUGCAGCCCUGGGCCGAGCCUCCGCCCUACGACGAACCCGUUAAGUCUCUCGAUCAUGAGACAAGCUUCAUGGAGAAGUCAUCAGCGCCACUUAAAGGCGCGGAGCCUCCCGCAUACGGGUCCAUAGCUCCGCCGCGCCCGCCCGCGCCCGGCGGGACGAGCGGCGCGGGCGCAGAGGCGCACGUGCCCAACAACCCGUUCGUUUCGGGAGCGCUCUACCAAGCCGAGCCUGUCCAGCCCCCAGCGCACACCUAUCAGGACCUCACUGACGACGGGACUUAUUAG